AUGGAACAAUCCGAUCUACCUCCACCGGUACCGCCGAAGACCAAACCGCGUCCGACGCAGCCACAACCUGCCUCCGCAACGGUACUGCCCAACGGUACCGCUGCCGUGUCCCUCGUGGACGUCUUCGGCAGCGGUCAGAGUACUCCCUACUCAGAUGCGGAGAUGAUACAGAAACAGAGCCAGGAGGUCACGAACAACUUCUUUUACUAUGGCGGGUACAACUUUGGGGACAUGUCCAGCGGGCAAGUGUCGCCCAGCGAUACCUUGGACUCGGGUACUUGCAGCGACCUGGAUGGUACCCCGCCGCCUGCUAGUACCAAGAAAAAGAACGGAGUUUCUGUUACAGUGAUAGGCUCCCACAAGCGCGCGCCUAGCUCAAGCAGCGGUGCCGAAAUUGACAGCGACGACAACGACAGCAACUCUAGCUGCGACUCCAUCACAAGCGGCAAAAUAUCCCCCGUCAACCUACCACCUCAACCCCCUAUAUUCAACAACAACAAAUCUUACAAUAAUUCCACCGACGGUUCAUUUCAAGGUUCCGUUAGUAACUCAUCAAUCAAAUGCUUCAACAGCUCCCCCUUGAACUCCUUUAGCAAAUACUCCAGUGAUCUAUCAAAAAGUUCUAGCACCAAUGUCUCAAAUAAUACCUCCAAUACCUCCAUAAAUUCUCCAUUUCUCCCAGCAACUCUGCUUCAAGACAUAAGACAAAGAGCCCCUAAGAGUUCUACUCCACUAUCCUCAUCGUUAUCUUCUUCGUUAUCCCCAUCUUUGUCCCUGACUCCUUCUACUAAAGUGGAUGAGAAGUCGUAUGAAGAGAGGCAGAAGGAAGAAGAGGCAAUCAACAAGAGGAACGCGGUUCUAGAUCCGGAUUUGUUCUUCAAGUUUCAUCUGAACGAGCACAGAGUGGAUAAGAGUGAAGUGCCUGAUGAGGUGGAUCCUGUGGACAGGGGGGAAACUUUCGCGGGGUAUAGGGACAUUUUGGGCGAUGGUGCAUCUACUAUUCGGAGUGCUAAGGGUACUGUGAGAGGGGUGAAAAACAGGAAUUACAAAGAGAAAGACGCCGGAAAAGUGGUGGUCUACACGACAACGAUGGGUGUCCUCAGGACCACAUACCAAGCAUGCAUGAGAGUCAAGCAAAUCCUCAGGUUGCUGAUGGUCAAAUUCGAAGAACGCGACGUUUUCAUGAGCUCAGAAUAUCAGGGCGAGAUACAGGAGCGCAUGCGCACGGAACACGUUCUGGUUCCACAGGAUGCAGAAACCAUCGAAAGGUUGAACGAAACUGGGGAGCUGAGAAGGAUAAUGAAACCUUACAAAAGUCUGGAUGUUUGUACGACCUGCAAAGUUUGCGGAGGAUACCGGCUUCUGCCCUGCCAAAUUUGCAAGGGGAGCAAGAAAUCCGUCCACAGGAACCAUUUCACGGCGGAGUUUGUUGCCCUCAAGUGCAUGAACUGCGACGAAGUGGGAUUGGUUAGAUGCAGUCACUGUUCAUAGGAUCAGAAAUGUUUUGAUUCCAGGAGCUCAAUUUCUCGUCAUGAAUUCAUUUUGUAAUUAUGUUUGUAAAAUAAUAAAGAUCAAUACUAUU